AUGGAGGAAAAAAUGAAGAAGAGGCUUACAGAGAUUUCAUCCAGAUUGUGCUGUCCACGUGAUCUGCGUCCAGGUGACAUCUACACGCACACAUUUAUUGGACACAAAAGUACUAUAAUAGAUGCCUCUACGAAAUCUAUUUACCCAGAUGUAAUCGAGGCAAAACAAAGAGGAGUUCUCUUUGACGUAGGCCAUGGUCAGAAAGCUUUUAGUUGGCCCGUUGCUGAAAUUUGUGCGAAAUCGGGAUUUUGGCCAGAUAUAAUUGGGAGUGAUUUACACACAGGAAAUCAUGAUGGUCCAGUAUAUGAUCUUCCAACAGUUAUGUCAAAGUUUUUACAUAUUGGAAUGCCUUUAAUAGAAAUAGUAAAAGCAACCACUUUAACUCCAGCACGUGCAAUUAAAUGGCAGAAUUCCAUUGGAAGUCUAACUACUGGGAAAUCAGCUGACAUCACAGUUUUGAAAAUUAAAGAUGUUGACCAUGACCUAGAAGAUGGUAGAUCUCAAACCAGACGAAUUCAGAAAGUAAUUAUACCUAUUGCUGUUUGGAAAGGUGGAAAACAAUAUCAGAUAACGAAGCCACGUGUUUUUCCAAACCCCGAGGUUCUAGCUCAAAAUGCUCAAAAAUUGACCAAUGACAUAAUUCGCGAUGUAAUAUCACUUUAGAGUUUCAAACCGUUUACGGCUGUAUCGAAUGAAAGUGGAACAUCGUGCAUAUUUAAA